AUGUCUUAUCUAUAAUCAUGUUAUGAACGAUAUGAUUACUAACCAUUCAGUACAUUAUGCGGUCUAAAACAAUUUUCAGUCCACCUGUAAUAUUCAAAUGUUAAAUAUUAAUAUUUGUAUAUAAAAUUUUUUUUUGUUUAGAAGUGAUUUUGACCUUUUUUUUUUUGCGUAAAAUAAAAUCUAAUAUAUUAAGUUAAAAUAUUGCAAGAUUUUGAUAUAAAUAAAAUAUUUUAAAAUGGCUCUUGCUAGUAUGCAAAGAAAAACUAAUGUGAGAUUACCUCCAGAAAUAAAUAGAGUUUUAUAUAUUCGGAAUUUACCAUAUAAAAUAACAGCUGAAGAAAUGUAUGAUAUUUUUGGAAAAUAUGGAGCCAUACGUCAGAUUAGAGUUGGUAAUACGCCUGAUACCAGAGGAACAGCUUUUGUUGUAUAUGAAGAUAUCUUUGAUGCCAAAAAUGCUUGUGAUCAUCUAUCAGGAUUUAAUGUCUGUAAUAGAUAUUUAGUUGUUUUAUAUUAUCAGUCAACAAAAGCUUUUAAAAAAUUGGACACAGAUAAAAAGAAAGCAGAAUUAGAAAAAGUAAAGAUGAAAUAUGGCCUUAAUGAAGAUAAUUAAAACUUAAUAUUUAAUUGUAUAAUUUUAAUUAAUAUAUUUAUAUCUUUUACAUUUCA